AUAGAUAAAGAGAAAGACAAUGGAAGGAGGAGGGGGAGGAGUGAAGCACAUAUUGCUGGCGAAGUUCAAGGACAGUGUCUCUGAAGAUGAAGUUCAGGAACUUAUCAAAGAAUAUGCUAAUCUUGUUAAUCUCAUCGAGCCCAUGAAGGCUUUCCACUGGGGAAAGGAUGUGAGCAUUGAGAACUUGCAUAAUGGUUUCACCCAUGUGUUUGAAUCAACAUUCGAGAACACAGAUGGGAUUGGGCAGUACAUUAUCCAUCCAGCUCACCUUGAGUUCUCCUCCAACUUGUUCCUCCCUUCUUUGGAGAAACUCAUCGUUGUUGACUACAAACCGACACCCCUUGUCCAUCUCUGAGACAGCACCCAUCUUUUCUUUUCUUCUCUUCUCUUGUUUUUGUUGAUUAUGAAUUAUUCAUAGUCCUUAUCUUAUAUUCAAUAAAAUAUGAAUAAAUUAAUGCAUCAACUUGUUUGUGGGUUGUGUUAU